UUUCGGGCCGUUUUUGAAGCGCUAAUCGCGAAUCUAGUAGUAUUAUUGAUCGAAGCACAAUGCACUAUUCUUCAGAGCAAAUUGACACUAUUGACAGUUGGUAUUUUUCUGAAUGAGUGUAAUGAGUGUAUACAAUGUUGAAUGUACGAAAUUUUACAAAAUAGUACGGUCACCAUUCGCCAUCAUCAAAUGCGUUUUGCCUUUCCGUGUUGAAAAAUUAACGGUUUGUGAUUAACAAGCACUUUAUUAUUAUGCAGUUGACAUGAAAAUUCCUCCAAAUAUUAAAGAGGUAGUUCCGUUUCAAUUUUGGCGGGACUAUCAUCAAUCACAUCGUUUGUCGAAGAAUAGUUCAAUCUGUCACUUGUCGCCCCUGGCCUCGAAUUCAUAUUUCUUACAUUUUAGCCGUUCAAUAUAAAAUUAGCAGUAGAAUUGGUGGUGACCAUUAGAUGUGGACAUUGAACGAUGUGUUGCUUGUAAGGUUUGAUAUGGAUAGGCGAGUUUACUCUGAUUACGAAGCAGACGUGUGCGAUCCUUUGGGUUCAGUUGUUGAGUGGUCAAGACAGGGGCCGGCCCGCAUCCUGCGGCGGCGCUGUCGAAGUGAGGGUGUCGACCGUUCACCGUACGAGGAUGUUAGUCGCGAACGCCGCUCCGCCGACGGAAUACCACGCCAAAACCGGCAGUCUAACAAAAGCUUCUUCACGCUGAACGUUGCUGAUACGUACCACGAUAGAUUUCGCCACGAGUGCUCUCCCACUGCUGAGAACGGAGACUACAUGGCGCACGAUCAGGACAGAUAUCAUAGCUAUCAGCCAUCAAAAUCAAGAUUUUAUAGAGCAAGUCCUACCAGACCAUUAUUAGUAACCACAUUAUCCAAUACCAAAGUAGAUGACAGAUUGCCCAAAGUCGAAGAAUUGUUUGAGAAACUUGACCAAGAUAUGAUGGAUGUCCACAAUACAAAACAACCAUUGAAAUCAAUAUUAAACAAUCCUUUUUUAAAGUCACCACCUCAGGGUAUACUAAAAAAACCAAAAAAUAAGGUUUAUCAAGAUUCAAAAACUAAUCUGGAAGGUCGCAGAAGGCAGCGGGCAUCAAGUGAAUCUGAUAAUUUAUAUUGUAACUAUCAUGUGGCAUCUCCUAUACCUGGAUAUGAUAGCCGCCUCGGGUACAUUUCAAGCAAUGUGAAACGGGCAAAAGACAAUUCUGGAACUGGUUACUCUUAUGGUACUGCUGUAGCGAAUGCAGGUCCUCGCUGCAAGAGUCCCACAUACUCAAAGAACUUGAGGUGUAGCUGCAAAGAUAACAUGUCAAGAGAUCAUGUGCAAGUGUUGAGGACUACUGCUAUUAACAGCGACACGGUUGACGUUCAGCCCAUUAUUGAAUUGCCCGGCCAAGACACGCCGACCCCGACUUGCCCGACGGUGAGCCCAGCCUUGCCCGUCAGCUCAGUCACGGCGAUACCAGUUAAAAAAUCAAUAAAGACAGUUAAGAAGAAAGUUAAAGCUAAAAUUAAAGUAUCGAAGAUGAAAUCGAACACUAAAGUCGAAUGUGCCGUUAUCGGAGGGGAGAUGGAAGAUGCACUCAGUCGAUCGCCCUCCCCCGACAUAGAAGUGUGGCAUAUGGAUACAGACCCGAUACCGAUAGAGAUAGGUGAUAUAGAGAAAGUCGUACUGAACAAGAAUGAAUCACUCGAAGAGAUCUCAGUCAACAAACUGUCCACAAAGCUAAACGGAACUGUCGUUACUCCUAAGAAAAAUCCUUCAAAAGAGAGGAUGAGCAAGGAGCAAAGGUUUCUGACUGCUUUGCAUACGACAAAUCCGUUUAAAACGAUACCGUCACGCAAAGAAUUGCCAUUAAUCAUCCCAGAAUCGAUCUCAAGCUGUCUCCGACCGUCUCUCUUCCCGCGAGUGCCCCCAUACCUGCGGUUCAUCGGACACGAAGACUGCACUCCGCUGAAGGUUCCAGCUCCCAUACAGAAGCAUCUGAAAUGGAAGCUCACAACGAUAACGCCUUUAGUUGUGAAGAAAACUUUGACUAAUUCUGGCUUUAGACUGGUUAAGAGCGAAUGUGACACGUCAGAGUGUCCGCAAGAAGAGACCGUAGAGUGGAUAGGCAUAUGGGGCAAACAUAUGAAGUCAAUAAUGUUCAGAGCCAUAAAAGAUGGACAGAAGAUGAAUCAUUUCCCCGGUACCUUCCAAAUCGGCAGGAAGGAUCGAUUGUGGAGGAACCUUCACAAACUUUGCACUAAGUAUGGAGUCAAAGAAUUUGGUAUUAUGCCGAAAACUUACGUAUUGCCACAUGAUCUCAAAAUGUUGAAGCAUGACUGGGAAAAGUAUGCCGCUAACAAUGAAAGGUGGAUCAUAAAACCGCCUGCGUCAGCCCGAGGCACCGGCAUCAAGGUGGUGUCCCGCUGGACGCAGAUCCCGAAGAAGAGGCCGGUCGUCGUCCAGCGCUACGUCUCUAAACCGUAUCUAAUUAACGGAAGCAAGUUCGACAUGAGGCUGUACGUGCUCGUCACGUCGGUGCACCCGCUCAGGAUAUAUUUGUACAAAGAUGGCCUUGCCAGGUUCGCGUCGGUAAAGUACAACGAUGAGUUGACAUCUCUGAACGAUAGGUACAUGCAUUUGACUAAUUACUCAAUAAAUAGGCUGUCCAAGAAUUACACGCCAAACGAAGAUUUUGCUUCUUGCGAGGGACACAAAUGGACAUUACAAACUCUAUUCCAAUACCUAAAGACUGAAAAGGACGUUGACACGGAAGCCCUGUGGGAUUCCAUGAAGGAUCUCGUUAUUAAAACCAUAAUAUCGGGCGAGGCGAGCAUCAGUUCGCUGACUAAAGCCAACAUAACGUCGCGGUACAACUGCUACGAACUGUUCGGGAUCGAUGUUCUGCUGGACGAAGAUCUCAAGCCCUGGCUCUUGGAGGUGAACAUCUCGCCGAGCCUGCACAGCGCGUCGCCGCUCGACAUCCACGUGAAGGGGCCCCUGGUCUCCACGGUGCUCAACAUCGCGCAGUUCCAAGUGCCCAACAAAACCAACUUGGAAAUGUUGGUUAAGGAUAAACCACACCAAUUAGCUGGAUUACCAUACGAUGGCAGAUUAUACACAGUGUAUUUAUCCAAAGAAGAGAGAGACAAGCAUAUAAUUUAUACUAAUAUGGAUGACAGAGAUUUGUACCUGCGCGACAUCCUGUCGACGCUGACGCCGGACGACGUGCGGCACCUGGUGCAGGCGGAGGACGAGCUGACGCAGGGCGGCGCCAUGGAGCGCGUGUUCCCGACGCGCGACACGCACCGCUACCUGCCCUACCUCGCCGGCCCGCGAUACUACAACAGACUCUUCGACGCCUGGGAGACCAGAUACGGGCACAACAGGACCGCCGGCAUCGAGCUGCUGCGCAACCUGUGCGACAUCGGGUACCACCUGGAGGUGCCGCCCGUCCCGCUAAAGCGGGCGGCGGCCGAGCUGAGCGCGUUGGAUCGUUGCAGAAUGACGUGGAUGCGCCGUCGCCGCCCGUAUCGGAGCGCCAGUCAGCGGGCUCCGUCUGCUCGGCGGGCGCGGGCCUGUCGCUCGCGGCGCCGCCCCCGCUCGAGGCGCGCGCCUAGCGCCGGCGCCGCUGCCUCCCCGCCUACAUGAUCAUCAUCAGCAGCGACGAAUGAACAGCCCGCGCCUCCAGACCGUACGCCGUCUGCGCGCUCAGUCUUGUUGCUGACGUCACUCGUUAAUAGACAACACACGGCACAGAUAAUCCUACGCAAACCAAAAUAAACUAGUUUUAGCGUUGAACAACUUUUUAAAUGAACUGUGGUGUCUGAGCAAGACAAGAGUGAGCGUGUAGAAUGUGCUUUUAUAUUAGUGCUUCUCAAUUAGUUUGAUGAAUAUUUCAAGGUCGAUGGUUUCAACUUGAAGGACGAAAUAACAUCAUUACGUUACCUUUUAUUUUGCUUAAUUGGUAUCCUCGGAAGUGUUAUCAUUGAUUGAGAAGCACUGAUCUAUAUUAUAAACCAUUGUAUCGACGAUGUUACCGUUCGAAGUAACGAUUUCUUUUUUGUCAUGCGAAACAUUACGACCUGAGAUUUUUUUUAUCGAUACUAUAUUAAUGUUUUGUGACAACAAAAUUGUCUUGUAUUUAAAUAUAAUGUGAAUAAAUAGUGAAUUUUUUGUGUGUUCGAGAGUAAUUUAUAUGUAAACAAAAAAUGCAGAGAAGUUUGCUCAUCGUUACUCAUGUGGGAUGGCCAACGAAAGUACGGUUAAGAUUGGUAGAGCGAGCGCUGAAAACUAUAUCGAUAAACGUAAAGAAAGAUCGAAUCAAUUUUGAAAUGGAACACAAUAAUAUCACAUGUUAAGAUUAAUAUUGAUGUAUCGAUCUUUCUUUUAAUGAAAUCGAUUAUAGAAUAAUCAUGAGCGGAUAUUGGCAGUGGAUAGAUCGAAAUCGAUUGUGACGUAUGGACUAGCAGAGAGCUUAUUUUAUAAAUAAUAAUUAUAAAUUAUACGAUUAGUAAUUUAAUAUGUGAAACUCGAACAAUUUCGACGUCCCUAAUUGAGAAAAUAAAUAACAUUAGAGUUGAGGAAAUAUGUUGGCCGUCUAUCGAAAUUACUGGUUAAGAAAAAAAGUACAAAAACAAAGAUUGAACAGUAAGAAUUGCUUUUAUGCAAAUUAAUAAAUUGAGAUUGUCGAAAUUGACGAUUAAUACAGUAAGUAAAUUAGAAGUCAAAUAUAAUGAGUUGUUAAGAGCUUAGAGCUUUUAUACAGAAUAUACACAUUCCUGGUCACCCUUGUUUAGUCUAGAGAUUGGUAAAAGUGUUAAAUAUAUCAGUUUACGAAAUAUAAAGAUUAUAACAUACAUACGUCCGAAAAAAUGUAAUUAUACAUAAUAAAAAAAACUAUUUAAGUAUUUGAACCAAAUGACUUAAAUUUUUAAUUUUUACAAAUUGGAUUGUAUGUUUAUUUAUGUGUGUGUAAUCUGAUUUAAAAACUCAAAAUUGUAUUGAUGUUAACUAUAGAGCUUUUUUAAAAAUUGAACAAGAAACAUUCGAAACUAGGAUAAACGGACAAAUUCAAAAAUCUACAUACUACAUAUACAUUUUUAAUUAUCGUGCAAGAGACACACCUAAAUACUCGCAGUCAUUUUAAAGUUAAUAACUAAGUUUUUUUUGUAAAAUCAUUAAGUAUCUUCGUAACUCAUUAAUUCUAAUGGAUCUGCUCAUAUUACAAAUAAAUAAAUUAUUUAGUUGAUGUUUUAGCUAUUAAAGUUUUUGAUGUGACUAAUAAAAUACGAGAGGGUUUUGUGUAAUGUGCGCUUAACGUGUGGACUGUAAUUAAGUAAUUGAACAAUACACACAUAUUUAAGUCUUAGUUUUUUUUAUUGUCCUUGUAGGCAGACGAGCAUACGGCCCACCUGAUGGUGAGUGGUUACCGUCGCCCAUGGACUUAGCAAUGCCAGGGGCAGAGCCAAGCCGCUGCCUACCGUAUUGUUUAGUGAAUACAGUAAUACAUUUAUUUUAGUUUGAAAUUUUCAUUUAGUUUAAAUAUAAAAUAGUGUGUUCGAAUGAGUAUAUUUGAGAAUGAGUUUCGUAGUUGUGCGUAUAUUAAUUGAGAUCCUAAACUGAAUGUGAAACUUAGUUAGGUGUGUCCCGAGUUACAAUGUGUUCAUUGUAUACCUAGUGUUGCUAGAGUAGAGGUUAAUGCUCGUGUCUUUGAAUCGUGUUCAAGCGUCGAUAACUAAAUCGAUCUAAAUCUGAUGUAAAUAUUUUAAAUUACUUUUUAAAUAGUAAUCAAAUAAUAUUGAUUGUUUUCAUUCCUGUGCGUUGACGAAAUCUUUAAAUUAAUAAGUUAAGAUUCUCAGAAUUACUUUUGAAUUAUCUAUGGAUAUCGAUAUUUUAAAAUAAAAUUAGUGUAACGAAAUAUUUUUCAGUGUAAACAAUAAAUAUGAUUGAAAUAUGAA